AUCCCCCCGCUUCCCCAGCCGCCGUCGCUGCCCAAAACUCCCAAACCCAGCCAUCGCCGCCGCCCGCCACCCUUGGCCUCCGAAUCUAUCACCACAACACGACGGCGACGAUCACCGACAGCCGCUACUGCCCCGUGGCAUCUGAGAUCCCGAGCACGGGGUGCUGGAUCUGAAUCCCGUCUCGAUCCCCCCAUCCCGUCACCCAUUACCACGGUAGCGACCCCCCGUCUCCGGCGGUAGCCAAAACCUAGCCGGCACCAUGCGACGCGGAGGCGGAGGUGGAGGCAGAGGAGGAGGAAGAGCGGCCCGAGGAGGCGGCGGCUAUGGCCGCAGGGACACGCGCCCCGGCGGCGGCGCCUCCCGCGACGACCGGGAUAGGCGCCCCGACUACCGCCCCCGCCGCACUCCGUCCCCGGACCGCCGCCCGCGCCGCCCUAGGGGCGAGGACGACUACCGCGACCCGCCCCGCAACGGCCGCAUCGGCUAUGGAGGCGGCGACCGCAGCCCGCUCCGGCGCGAGCGCACGGGCUACGACCACCGGCGCGCGUCGCCUCGCCGCGGGCGCGUGGAAUACGAGGACCCCCGCGACCCGCCCGUCCGAGGGCCCAACAGGGACUACGGCGGCGACCGCCACCUCUCGCCCCGCGGGCCCAGGGAAUACGGUGGAGAUCGCCACGUCUCGCCCCGCGGGGCCAGGGACUACAUAAGGGCACCCUACAACGAGGAUCGCGACCGCUACGACCGCGAUGGCCGGGGUGGGGAUCAACGCUACGAGACGCCACCGGCCUACAUGCUCCCCGACCAUCCGUCCGACCUGGGCCGGCCAUCCCUACGAGCCGGGAAGAAUGAAAGGAACUACCUUGGCGGCUCUGGUGACCGUAGCCUUCUCAAGGGCGACCACCUUGAGGGCGGCCUGGGUCCCCGGAGCAUCGGCAAUGAGAGCGAGUUGUUUGGGGACGGUGGUGUGACGCUCAGAAUUAGUGCGACUGAAAUGGGAAGGACUACCGCCAUGUACUCCCAAGACCGCAGGUCUCCCCUGCUCCGGAGGUCGCCGCCACCAAGGGCUGCGUUGUCUGCACCUAUGUAUCCCACUGUGCUGCCUGAAACUGGAUUCUUGAUGGGGGGAUCUGCCAUGAAGGCCAGUGAAGAUUAUGGUGCUGGAAACACCCAGCUGCUGCAUGAUGAUGGCAGUUUUAAGCACCACAAGCAUUCGCGUGACCCGUACAUUGAGAGGAGUAAAGAUAUUGAGAGACAUUAUUCUGGCAGUAGGGAUUUAGUUAUUGAGAAUGGUGGAGGAACUGAAAGGUUUUAUUCUGCUGGGGAUGUGACUACAGGGAGGGUUAGAGAUACAGAUAGGCUUUACUCUAGGGGUACACUUGAGCCUGACUUGGUGCCAUGUACACAGUCGAAGUUUCUUGGCGAUUCUUCCCCAGCCUUGCUUGCUAAGGACCAUCCAUACAGGAUGCACACUGAACCUGUCUAUGAGCCAAGCAACAGAUACAUUAUGGAUGGCCUUGGCAGGUCAUCUCAUGACUCACUAGGGCAUGGAAGUGGUCAUCGUCAUAAGUUAUCAGGAAGUCCAUUAGAGCAUGGCAGUGCUCAUGGUGAUGAAACAUUACUGGAUAUUGCAAGGCAGUCACACCCUAAGCGUGCAAUAAGAGCUGCAUCCAUGGAGUAUGAUGCACAUGAUGAACAUGCCAGAAGGGAUCCAAUAAAUGAUGCAUAUGCUGCACCAGAGAACUUACGCGUGAAUGCCUCACUGAAUUCAAGGCACAUAUCAGCUGCACCAUCUUUGAGAGGCAUCAGGGAUGAAAGGAUUAACCACCAUUUGAGGCUAUCCCAUAGGACUGAAGAGUUUGAGAGUAGUUUUGAUGCCAUGAAUCGAGACACGGAGCACUUAAAUAAGCAUUCUUAUGACGGUGAUGCUUCCAUACAGUACCCAACAGCAAGGGGCGGUAAUGAUCGCUACUCCCACUCCCCUGAAUCCGAGCCCAUUGGAAUUGCGAGGCGACCAGCUCGUCAUCAUGAGUCUGCUUCAUUUGAGAACUUAAGUGACCAAGAAGCUUCCCCUCUGGUUUCUAGGAAAAGAUACAGAAGUCCCGCAUAUUUGUAUCAUGAUGUGUAUCAUGCUGAUGAUGGGUUUGCAGGAUGUGAGCACUAUGAUGACGAUAUGGAUGCAUAUGUCCUACCCCCACCAAGAGUGUCAGGAUAUGACAUGGUUGAUGAUGAUGAUGAAUAUGAUAUACCAGCUAACUGCAAUGUUUUCUCAAGGCUUGCUUUGCCACAUGAAAACAAUGGGGAAUGGACUGAUGUGGAUCAAGGAAACCAUCCUCACUCUGACAUUUUGACGUAUGGGCGUCCAAAACACAUUCCUAUGUCUCAGAGGCUGUCCAGACCAAGUUCCCACUCACAAUUCCAGGGAACUUUCAUGCAUGGAAGAGGAAGAGGAAGAGGAAGAGGAGGAUUGACUAAGAGUGCAAAAAAGAGACUGAAAACUGGUCCUCAUCAAUUCCAUGGUGGAUAUGUAUCAGAGAAAAAUGAAUUUAUUAAGCCAAAUAAAUUCUCUAAGUUGUCAGAAGAUGAUCCUAAUGGUUCUGGAGUCAAGCAUGAAGAUGCUCCAGAGAAUGAUGUUCUUCCUGUGCAGAAAGAUCCACCAGAAAGUUCAGACGAAUUCAGUAAGCAGGUUCACCAAGCCUUCCUUAACUAUGUGAAGAUAUUAAAUGAGAGCCCAGCCAUGCAGAAGAAAUACCGUGAGGCUGCAAAGGGAUCUUUGUCUUGCUGUGUCUGUGGCAGUGUUGCGAGGAAGUUCCCAGAUCUUGAUGCCUUGCUAUCACAUGCUUAUGAUACAUCCAAAGCGGGGUUGAAGACAAAACACUUAGGGUUUCACAAAGCACUCUGUGUUUUGAUGGGGUGGAAUUGGCUUGUUGCUCCAGACACAUCUAAAGCCCAUCACUCCAUUUCAUCUGAGGAAGUAAAUGUCAUGAGGGGAGAUCUCAUGUUGUGGCCUCCAGUAGUUGUGAUACAUAACAGCUCAAUCGUGAACAAGGCAAAGGAUACUGAAGCAAAGGUUGUGUCCAUGGAAGAAAUUGAAGGCGUACUGGCAGAUAUAGGGGUACCACGUGAGAAGGUGAAGGUUAGCCAUGGAAGACCUGCUAAUCAGAGUGUCUUCCUGGUGAAGUUCCAGCCAACAAUAUCUGGGUUUCAGGAAGCCAUGAGAAUCAACGACUAUUUCUCCAGCAGAAACCACGGUAAGGAAGAGUUCCAGCAGAUGAGAGAUGGCAAAGGUAAGAAGGCUGCUCCUGUUGACAACCUGGAAGAGCUGCUGUAUGCGCACAUUGCGGUCGUCGAAGACCUGGUCUACCUAGAUGAGGAAGCAAAGAGGAGAUGCAAGAUCAGGAGCAAGAAGGAAGUCGAGACCAGUGCAGACGCCACACUGAACUUAGAACCAUGAAGUAUCACGGAUAAACUAGAUUAGGUUAUUACCAGGUUUACUAGGAUCUGAACUGAUCACGUGAUCCACCUUUUGCUUAAUCCUACGGCUGCUUGUACAACCAAGUGGCUGCAGUGUAAGAGCGCGCAAAUUCUGCUUUUGCCAUCAAGUGAUGAAAUCCCAGAUGCAUUUUGGUUUUUGACUUUUUGCCACUGGGACCCUUCACGUGGUAAAAACAAACCUUGGGAGUGUCCAUUGGCAAAAUGGUAGGAUUACAGACCUUAAUGGCAAAGGCAGAAUUGCCUCGGUGAAGAAUCUGUGGUUCUAAGAUACAUUGUACCGACUGGAUGUUUGUGUUAUUAAGUCCUUUUCAUUUGUCGUUGAUC